CAUAAACAUCAACCUGACAGAUUUGCACCUUUUAAUAUCAUUUCAAUUCAUCUAAGCUUUUAAUGUAUCAAGUUGACAUUCAGUCCGUUUCUUGACGUUUGACCAGUUUAAAACAAGCCGCUGCCAUGGCGGUUUGUAUCAUUUUAAAUAUACUUUAAUGUCCAGCUGGACGAACUUUGCUAUUAACAUCUAUUUCUAAGAGUCGAAACGAGAUCUAAACAUAAUAUUUUCUCUGGAUUGUCUCAGUCUACCUACGAGUCUACAUUAGCCAGAUGAUCUCUCAGGUCUUCGUCUUGUCCUCCAAGGGCGACCACCUCAUCUACAAGGACUUCCGCGGAGAAGCAGGCAGCGAUGUUGUCAGGAUUUUCUACGAGAAGGUCACAGCCCUGACGGGAGAUCAGCCUCCGGUCGUCAUGAGCCACAAAGAUCUCCACUUCGUCCACAUCCGACAGGGAGGACUCUACUGGGUCGCUACAACAACGUCCGACUCCUCGCCGUUCACCAUCGUCGAGUUCCUCAACAGGCUGACGGCCCUGGUGAAGGAUUACUGCGGCAGCCUCUCGGAGAAGUCGGUGCAGAUGAACUUCGCUCUCAUCUACGAGCUCCUGGACGAGGUGGUGGACUACGGCUACAUCCAGACCACGUCCUCGGACGUCCUGAAGAACUUCAUCCAGACCGAGGCGGUUUCCUCCAGACCGUUCAGCCUGUUUGACCUCAGCAACGUGGGACUGUUUGGAGCGGAGACGCAACAGAGUAAAGUAGCUCCGAGUUCUGCAGCCGCCAGACCCAUCCAGUCCGGCAGAGAGCAGGGAGGGAAGAGCGAGAUAUUUGUGGAUGUGAUUGAAAGGAUGUCAGUCAUCAUCGGCUCCAACGGAGUUCUGAUGAAAGCGGACGUGGAGGGAGAGAUCAGAGUAAAGUGCUACAUGGCCAGCUGCUCAGAGAUGCGGAUCGGUCUGAACGAAGAGUUCAGCAUCGGGAAGUCGGAACUCAGAGGUUACGGAGCUGCGGUUCGUGUGGACGAGUGCAGCUUCCACCAGGUGGUGAAACUGGACGAGUUCGACAGCCACCGGAUCCUCCGACUUUGCCCCAGCCAAGGAGAGCAAACGGUGAUGCAGUACCGGCUGAGCGACGACCUGCCAUCAGCGCCACCUUUCCGGCUUUUCCCGACUAUCGAGCGAGACAGCGGAGGAAGGCUGCUCAUGUACAUGAAGCUCCGCUGCGACCUGCCGCCCAAGAGCGCUGCCAUCAACGUCUGCGCCACCAUCCCCAUUCCCAAAGGCUCAGUGAGUUUGUCGCAGGAGCUCAGCAGUCCGGAUCAGAGCGCCGAGCUGAAGCUGCAGAGCCGAGCCGUGUUCUGGCAGAUCCCCCGCUUCACCGGAGGAACCCAGCUCUCCGCUCUGUUCAAGCUGGAGGUCCCCGGCCUCAGCUCCGCCUCCAUGUUGGAGAUCGGACCGGUCGGUCUGAGCUUCGAGCUGCCCAAGUCCACCGCCACAGGUCUACAGAUCCGCUUCCUCCGGCUGUCGCCGGUCCAGCCCGGCCCGUCGCAGCGCUGGGUCCGCUACGUCACCCACUCCGACUCGUACACCAUCCGGAUCUGAAGGCAGCCCGUUGUUUUAUCAGGAAGCAGCGAGAAUGGAAACCUUCUUCUUCUUCUACUUCUUCUUCUGUCUGUAAAUAAAUACGAAGUCAUGUUUUCACCGUGUCAGAACUUGCAUGUGA